AUGCGCGGACGUGCCUCGCCUUCAUUUUCAUUUUGGCGCACAGGUCUAUGGUCAGGCUUCGAGACUGCCAUCCUACUAUCCUCUCAACCUGCCAUCACCUUUUACGUCUCCUCUCUCCUCUCCCGAGUCCUCAUCCCGCGUUCAUCUCGCGACAAACCAACGGCAACUCAGGUUUUCUUUGUCAAUGCGCUGGGAAGCACCGCUAGUACGCUCGCGCUGUACCCCUUGAUAUUGAGCAAGAGCAGGUUGAUGUGGAGGAGUCCCAGUGGAAGGAGACAGUAUCGCAAGUGAGUGGCAGCUGACAAUCCUGCGAGCGAGAGUGGCGGGCGAUAAAGUAGACUCAUCGUACCCCUUGUGCGUUUCUUUCUACCUUUUUUUUUUGGCUGCCUCCCUUGAGCAGCCUGCUGGAUGUGAUCAGAAAGACGGUUCGCAGAUCGGGCGUCAAGGGUCUGUAUCAGGGAUGGGAGAGUCAAAUCACAAAGGGUCUAUUCAAGUACGUCGUGGUGGUGGAGGAGGGCGAGGCGUGGGCCGUUCGAUGCUCAUUUUCCCCUCUCCUCCUUCUCCUUCGCUGACCUGCGUGCGACGCGCAGCCAUGGACUGACCAGUGAGUAUGAAAGGCAACGUUCUACUCACAGCCUUUGA